AUGAGUUCCAGCCCAGAAGGCCUGCAGGGUGGCUGUACAGCAAGAUGAGGGCAGUUUGGAGCCCUGCCUAAGAGGAAGGACGGGGCCACAGCAGAUUGGAUGAUCUUCGUCUCCCACCCCCAUCCCCUCAGCUGUGUCCCCACAGACCUGGGUCUCCUGCUGCCCAUCAUGGCCAAAAGUGGAGAGGCUCUACCACAGGGCAGCCUAGCGCCAGCCCAGGAUUCCCAGCUCAUCCGGGUGACAGUGAAGACACCCAAGGACAAGGAGGAUUUCUCAGUUGUAGACACAUGCACCAUCCGGCAGCUAAAGGAAAAAAUAUCACACCGCUUUAAGGCACAUCCAAAUCAGCUGGUCCUGAUCUUUGCUGGAAAAAUCCUCAAGGACCCUGACUCAUUGGCACAGUGUGGAGUGCGGGAUGGCCUCACAGUCCACCUGGUCAUCAAGAUGCAGCGUCGGACCAUAGGCACUGAGUGCCCAGCACCACCAGUCUCUACUCCAGGCCCAAAUCCUGGAGAAAUUCCUCAGUCAAGUUCUGUUUAUUCUGUGGAUGGGUCUCCUUCUUUCAGCUUAGGGGUCCUCACAGGCCUCAGUGGGUUAGGUCUGACCUCAGGUAGCUUCUCUGACCAGCCAGGCUCACUAAUGUGGCAGCACAUCUCAGUGCCUGAACUUGUGGCUCAGCUCGUUGAUGACCCCUUCAUCCAGGGUCUGCUGUCCAACACGGGCCUAGUGCGCCAGUUGGUUCUUGACAAUCCUCACAUGCAGCAACUGAUCCAGCAGAACCCUGAGAUUGGUCAUAUUCUUAACAACCCUGAGAUCAUGCGGCAGACAAUGGAGUUUCUACGUAACCCUUCCAUGAUGCAGGAGAUGAUGCGUAGCCAGGAUCGUGCACUCAGUAAUCUGGAGAGCAUCCCUGGUGGUUACAAUGUGCUCCGUACUAUGUACACAGAUAUUAUGGAUCCCAUGCUUAAUGCAGUACAGGAACAAUUUGGUGGCAAUCCUUUUGUCACUGCUACUACUGCUAGUACCACCACCACCAGCAGCCAACCAUCAAGGACAGAGAAUUGUGACCCUCUGCCCAACCCCUGGACUUCCACAUAUGGGGUCUCAGGUGGAAGACAAGGAAGAGGUAGCAGACAGUCUGGGGACCAGGAUGCAUCUGAGAAUAGAAAUAAGCUUCCAAGCUUUCUGGGUAACAUAGGACUCUUUGAUUAUCUUCAACAGUUACAUGAGACUUCUCAGUCCCUGGGAUCUUAUCUUCAGGGUACUGUGCCAACUUCAAAUCCAAGCCAGGAAUCACCACUUUCAGGAAACAGAGUUCCUCCAACUUUACCGUCAUCUCCUAAACCUGGGUCAGGCCAAUCUCUGCCCAAAGAGUCAGUAGCAAUCAAGGGAAAGUCAUCAUGCCCAGCUUUCUUGAGACACUCAACUGAGAACAGUACCGGACAAGGUGGAAGCCUACAUGAUGCAGGGAAGGGCUCUACCGGCCCAAGUACUAGCUUGCCCAAUCUUACCUCUCAGAUAGGAGAUUCUGCCAACAGAUCCUUGUUUGUUUCUACACCAUCUUCCCUUAUGUCAGCUACUCCUGGAGUCCCAGAAUCUCCCUGGCUUCCUCCAACAGGUUACUUAAGAUCUCUGAGAUCAGCGGGCACAAAUCAAGUCCCUCGAAUCCAGAAUGAGAUACAUCAACAGCUACCACUACUGUUGCACCUUCAGACAGCCAUGGCAAAUCCCCGUGUCAUGCAAGCCUUGCUGCAGAUUGAGCAGGGUCUGCAGAUUCUGGCUACUGAAGCACCCCGCCUUCUGCUCUGGUUCAUGCCCUGCCUAACAGGGUUGAGUGGAGUAACAGGAGGUACAGAAGCUAGAGAAGGUGUUGUUAUGUCUGAGGAUCCCCGACCAACCCCAGCUCCUCAGAUUUCUCUAGCACAAGGUUCUUCAGAGCUAGGUUUCCACUCCUCCCACUUCCUCCAGGUGUUGCAAGCCUUAGCUAGUACCAAUCCCCAGCAGCUACAACUGGAGGCUCACUUCCGGGUACAACUGGAGCAACUGCGGGCUAUGGGCUUUCUGAAUCUUGAAGCCAAUCUCCAGGCCCUCAUUGCUACAGGGGGUGAUGUAGAUGCUGCUGUGGAGAAACUGAGGAAGUCUUAGGAGCUCUAGUUAUUUGGACCAUAUCUUUUCCUUUCUGCCUUUCCCCCAUGUCUUAUUACCCUAGUUCUCCUAUUCUUGAAUACAGCUGUACUAUAAACCAAAUUACUAUGAUGUUCUUUACUGUGGAGACAAUGUUCUGGAGUCAAUAAGGAAGAUGAGAAGCCAGAAAUAGGGUGGGGAUGCUGUGUAAUCCAACUGUGCUUGACACUUUUUUACCUGGGGCCCUUGAAUGAGUUCUGUACCUAUCUUGAGAUGCAAUUACAUCCAGUCUUUAGUGCC